AGUAAAAUCAUUAAUAAAAAUGCAAUUAGGUCCAACAUCAAAUGACUAUACUCUAAAAGGAUCGAUUUCUAUCUUGACAAAGAAAGAUAAAGGAAAUUUCAAAAUAUUCUUUAUUAGUUGUUUUCAUUCGUGUUACUUUUGCACGACCCUAUACAUUAUCAAGGCUCUUGAUCACGGUGUGAAUGCCAUCUUACACGAUCGUGCCUGCGUAACCGGCGAACGGUUCCAGUUCGACUGGUCCUCUCGGCGUGAGACCACGUGUUGAAAAUCUGCGAUGUAGUACAACUCCAGCUGGCAGCGAUAGCAUGUGUUCACGUAAUUAAUCUCCAGGUUAAUUUCGACGCGUGUUGCCUUGGACUCACUUUAGGAUAUUAUAAUACAUAUUGCGUAGUGUUAUCAUCUAACAUCACAUCCCUUAGUGAUCAAGAUGAAAUAUUUCGUAUACGCGAGAAGUAACUGUUAUUAUCGCGUCCAGCUGGAGACGUUUGAUCGCAGAUCGAUACGUUAAUAAUUAUCAGCGAAUUUCCAGUAACGGCAGCUACCGUGGACACGCACAAUGAAUUCUGCGAUUCAUGUUCAGCUAGCAAGGUGGUCAAUCCCGGCGGUAGCUCUUGCCGUCGCUCUCUUUUGGUACAAACGCCGUCGGAUAGACAGAGGUGAACUUCAGUGGAAUGACUCAGGGGGGACGGCAAAAUCGAAACGCGUAGAAAAGGCGAUUUCAAAUGAUAAGCAGGAGUUUGACACUAGCGUCUACGACGUUCAGGAGAUUAAUCAGGAAUCCUCGGUUGGUUGCUGCUACACGCUACAGGAAGAGUCGACUCGCGUCUCAAGGAAGGUCAGCGAGAGCACGACGUUAGAAAAUACAAUGUCGCAAUUUGAUUGCUGUAGCAGCAGCCUGAUCAAUCACGCUGAGGACGCUGAGACGACACGCAGUACUGCAGUACAGUUGGACAGUAAUUCGAAUGCGAGUUGCUGUAAGGACAUGAUCGCCGCGAGCGCAUCCUCCGAGUGCGUCGACGAGAACGUCGACAAUGAAACGAAGAUAUCUCAAAGCGUCCCUAGCGAGGAGCAGACUGUACAUCGCGAGACAGAGCCGUCUGGGCAAAACUACACGGACCAAUGUAACUGCCAGAAGGAUGGGCAACAAUCCGAGGGACACACUGUCAGAACUCAGGGACAGGUGGUCGACGAAAGGGACUCGGCCAAUCACAGCCCGGUUUCCGCGGUUCUGGACGGCAGCGUCACGGACGAAGCCGGGAGCGAAGGAAGCAAUACGGAUAGCGGAAAAGGUGGGAGUAUCAAUGGAUGCAGGAAAAACAACGUUGCACCAUCCACGUACGAGUUUGCAAUACCGCAACAUCUGGUGGGCAGGUUGAUCGGCCGUCAUGGUAGCUUUUUACACAGUAUCCGCACAAAGGCGAACGUCGGUAUAUACGUUAAUGAUCACCCUUGCGAUGGCGAUCAUAAGAUUUGCUCGAUACGAGGCAGUGUUGAGGGAAUUAAUGUCGCGUUGAAAAUGAUAAGGCAGAAGUUUCCGGAGAAAAGGUUUCCGCAAGUGACAUUGGCGGAGAUUUCAACGGUAUCCGAGGUGAAUGAAGAAGUUGCAUACAACGUCCUUGUACUGCGGCCUCUGUCCCUGGUUGAUGGCAUUAAUAAUGACAUCAACAUCUGUCAUAUUGUCAAGCCGAACUGGCUCUUCGUACGGCUUCCGACUCAUCCGUCAUUUCCUCUUUUGCAAAAUUUAGAAGACAGCAUGAAUUAUUGUUAUAACACAGAAUCGUUAUCAGUUCCGGAAGUAGCAAACAAGGGCGAUUACGUGGCUGUAUAUUGGAGCUGCAAAUGGGUUAGAGGAUGUAUUGAAUGUCCAGAUCCAUCGGGAGAGAAAAACGUAGUACGAUUACUGGACUACGGUGGUUACUGGCAGUUUAGCAAUUCGGAAUUCAGGCCAUUGCUAUAUGAUUAUUUGAGCUUACCCUUCCAAGCGAUCGAAAUUUUUUUAGCAAAUAUUCAGCCAAAAAAUGGUAAAUGGUCUUCAGAAGCUUACAAUGUGGUACAAAAUUGUUCCUUAAAGGGAGUUGCUCAAGCGCAGAUUGAAGGUCGCAUUCAAAGUAAUAUUUAUGCAAAUAUUUAUUUUCUUAUACAAAAUUAUGGGGUAAUUUCUCUUACUCAAGAACUGUUAGAGAAUGGACACGCUGAAAAAGUAGCAUGGGAGCAGAUGAAGCCAGAAACACUUGAAUCCAUAUGCAAUAUACAUCCAUAUACAACAUAAAAGUUGUAACAAAUUUUACAGUUUUCAGAUUUCCUAUCGAAUCAUGCAUAAUUCGCGGUUCUUAGUCAGUACGGACUAGAAUUUAGUAUCGUCAUUAGUAGCCCCCUUCUUUAAUCGUGUCAAAAUUGAUUAUUUUGCUUUUUGACGUAGUCCUUGUGUACUUUUUCUUUAUUGAAAUUGCUGUGAAUACUCUGACAUAUAUAUUAUACCUAAUGAUUGAUUAGCUACAUAGAGAUAGAGUAAAUAACGCAGUAUAUCUAUAUCACCAUUCUGAUAAUGAACAAUGAGACUAUAUAUUUCGCUGUACAGAAGACAGAUAUUUUUGUCGCGUUUGAGUAGCAUUUAGUAAUCCCUUAACAUGAUUGCUCAGAAAAAAGCGCAUUCUGUAAGCACAAAACUCGUUGUUUCAAACGAGUUCUGACAAGUACAAAAUAUUUGAUUUAGCCUGAUAACGUAUAAGAACCUUUUUUUUUUACAGCAACUCUCCGAAUUGCGUAUUAUCGCCCGUGAUAUUUUCUCUUUUAUCUGGAAAACUGAACUUUUCAUCGAUCAAUGUUAUUGCGCAAGACAAAUCUUUCAGAUAAUUUUGCAUAAAUGUUUCGGGAAACUUCGUUUCGUUAUCUUAGUGCCUUGCGACUGUAAAGAAGAUGCAACCGUGCUUAAAACUCUUCUACAUCCUCAUAUAAUGUAUAUAUUGUAAAAUAAUCUUCCGAUUGUAGAAUAUUUAUAUUUAGAAAAGGAGAGGAAUUUAUAAAGGUUCGUAGUAUAGAUCGUAGAGUAGAAUAAACAGAUAAAUUUGCAUUUUACAAAGUAGUGUCACAUCUAAACUAAAAAAGAAACAUUGUAAUCGAAUAACUCAGACGAAUUAGGAAAUUCGUUUCUACGUGACUCAUAUCCUUUUCUGAUUGGGGACGAUUCGAGAAUCCAUUGAAUUAUGAAAACUUAGUUUCUUCUCUCACGUUAAUUCUAUAUCAUUGUAGAUUAAACUUGUUACCGCAAGAGUUAUUGUUAAACGUCGCAUUUCCUUGAAUGUCCUACGUUAUCUUCUCAAAUUAAAAAUUCGAAGGUUGCUCAUUCAUUUAAGUAGAGAUUUGUCUUUCAAACUUUAUUAUUUUUCCAGUAAUUUGUAUUCUGCGCAUCUUCACUAUCGUGGCAUAAAAUUAUUUUUAUUUUAUGCUCGCUAAUUAUUUUUGUUCAAGUAAUUUCAGAGAUUUUUGGCGUUUCAAAAAGACUAAGCUUUUGGAUAAAUUCAAACGCACGCAUGUAACACUGUAUAUAUUUGUUUAGAUAUCGAUUUUUAGAUCGGUUUUUGCGCGAUAUUCUAACAUGUCUUUUUCUAUGCAAGAUUUCAGUGCUGUAGAAAUUAGUUAGCUGAGAAAAAGUAUAAAAUGUUUUGUCACUCGUUCAUUGCGCUCAACUGGAAACGAUUGGCAGUUAUGAAAUAUUAUAAUAUUUAAUAUUGUUGAUUGAGCAUAAUAUAGAAAUAUUUUUCUAGGAAUAUAUACAUGUAAGGUUACAAACAUUAAAUCAGUUAUACAUGCUUUCUCGUGCGCUGCAAUUAACUCGAUUUAUUAUAAUUUAUUAUAAUUCUUCAAGAAAAUAUAGCGACAAUGUGGCGCAACGAACGUCGUUACGUAAUGAUCAUUCGUAAUUCUCUUGUGUAUAUAAUAUGUAGCUGGACCGCAAUUUUUGACUAUUCAAAUUUUGUACAACACUUCAUUUAGCAUCGUAUUAAUCAUUAUAUUAAUUGAGUAAAUUUAAAGUAGCUUUUGUAUAUUUGUCAAUCUUUGAAGAUUAGAUUUGCAUCAAUUUUUACCGCCAAUUUCUCUUACAUCUUUUAUACAUGUUCUGUAAAAUGACGGGAUAAAAAGUAACAGCAAAAGAGAACAGUGUUAUGCUAAAGUUUAAGCCAUUGUUUUGUAUUGUAUAGCAGAAAUAAAGAUGUCUGUAAAUAGCUAA